UUUUAUAUCUUUUUAAAGAAUAUAUGUUGCAAUGGCAAUUUCCAAACUGUAUCGGUGCUCUUGAUGGCAGACAUAUGGAAAUCGAAAAGCCGCCAUGCUCUGGAUCACAGUACUACAACUACAAGCAAUUCUUCAGUAUAGUGUUGUUGGCACUCUGUGAUGCAAAUCAUAAAUUCACAUGGGACAUUGGACAGUUUGGUUCGAUCAGUGAUGGUGGUGUGUGGAGAAAUUCUGAAUUAGCUGCAGACCUUGCCUCUGGUGACGCUGAUCUUCCAUCACCAAUACCUCUGCCAGGGAGAGAUGUUCCAUUUCCACAUGUGAUUGUGGCCGAUGAGGCCUUCCCCCUUAACACGUAUCUCAUGCGCCCCUAUGCAAGACGCAAUGGAUUAACAGACGAGCAGCGUGUUUUCAACUACCGACUCAGUAGGGCUCGUCUCUGCAUAGAAAACACAUUUGGAAUAUUAGUCUCACGCUGACAUAUUUUGUACAAACGAUUGCGUUUUUCUGUAGCAAAUAUAGAAGAGAUUGUAAAAGCUCUUGUUUGUCUCCACAACUUCAUUAUGAGCUGUAAUGACGGUAAUGAUAAAUGUGCCUCUCAGUAUUGUCCUCCUAAUUGGCUCGAUGUUGAGGAUGAGGAUGGGCUUAUUCAUGACGGUCGGUUGAGGACUAUUGGCCCUUGUGCAUUUUUUAAAGAGUUACGUAGGACUGGAGCUAAUCGAGGUGGCUCAGUGUCGGAAGGUAUGCGCAAUUACCUCAAGCAGUAUUUUGUAUCUCCAGUUGGGGAAGCUCAGGCGCCUUGGCAGUAUAUGAGAGUUUCUCAAGGUCAAAUAAUUAACCCUCUCGCAUAGUUGUCAAAUUUACGUUUUGUUUUGCAUUUUAUAUGUGAUCAUAAUUUGUUAUUUAGUUCUGUAGUUGAAUGCUGUGUUACUUGGCUAUGAAAAGAGCAUAAUGAAUAUUUUUAAUACUGAUAAUUUUAUUUAUAAGUUUGUCAAUAAGAAGAUUGAAUAAAGUAAACGAUUGUAUCAAAACAUUUAUUUUUUAUUUGUCGUCCUUCAAACUAACACAAAAACACAACCUAAACUCAAUUUUGCUUUGGUCUGCAAUGUAAGUUCUACCAAAAAAUACUUAAUACUAUUUCUGAAAAGUACGAAUAGUAGUGUUUAUUCAAAUAUAAAAAUGAACAUAUUAUAAAGACUCAAUUUUUUAGUCUACAAUAAGUUAAAAAUUAAACCAAAGGCUACUUUCAUGUUAUUUCCUAAAAUUUUACAUUAGUAAUAACAAAACUAUAUAUAAUAAACUAUGUAUUAAUAAUAAUAAAACUAUAUAUAAACAAAAUAUUUUUUGUAGUUUUUAUAUAAGAUUAUCAUAAUAAUUAUAAUUAUUGGUUAUAAAAUCACAGUAAGUAAAUUGAACUUUUGAGCAAAAAUCACAGACUAUCUCUAUCUU